UUGUUUUGAAUCAUGUGUUCCGGGUUCAAUAUGGCGGGACAGAGACGCAUUGACAUGCAGAAAUCUGGCAUAAAUGUACGCUGGAUCUUUUCUCUUUUACUGCUGUAUGUGUGUCGUGUGAACGCGCACGUUGGCGGUGAUAAUGUCGUGACAGUGGCAGACGCGAACUGGACCCAGGUUCUGGAGGGAGAGUGGAUGAUUAAAUUUUAUGCCCCAUGGUGCCCGGCGUGUCAACAUUUACAGAAUGACUGGGAGAAUCUUGGCAGUCAAAGUGAAAGUCUGGGAAUAUCAGUGGGAAGAGUUGAUGUUACACAACAACCAGGUUUGAGUGGGAGGUUUCUGGUUACAACACUGCCCACUAUAUUUCAUGCUAAAGAUGGAAGUUUCCGGAAAUAUGUUUCUUCACGGACCAUUGAGGAUCUUCAAGCAUAUGUUGCAGAGAGAAAGUGGGCGUCAGUUGAACCUGUGCCAGGAUGGAGGUCACCGUCUUCUCUGCUAAUGUCAGGAACGGCUCAUCUAUUCCGCUUGUCAGUGUGGAUCAGACAAAUCCACACAUAUCUGACCAACACGCUGGGAAUUCCUUCAUGGGGCUCAUAUGUUAUAUUUGCCAUCGUUACUCUCUUUAUGGGACUGAUUCUCGGCCUGAUGCUUGUUCUGAUUGCUGACUGCAUUUGGCCGUCGAGACCAAAGCACAGACAAGACAAGAAAGUUGUGAUUUUAAAGGAUGAAAUGUCGGAGGAGGAAGUGGACGAUUUGGUCACGGAGGAGAAACGCACAUCUGACCUGGACAAUGAAAGCGAGAGAGUCUCAGGUGAGGAGUCUACUGAGGAAGAGGGUCUUUCAUCCGAUACAGCAAUCAGUGGCAGUGAUCAACCUUCACCAGCGGGGGCAGCAGAGAGCUCAGUGAGGAAACGUAAACCACAGGGGCCGAACGCUUCAGAGGGCACCUAAUGCUACACCGUACACCGAUUCACUUUCCAUCAAAAAGAGAGGAAAUUUCCAUAUUUACCGGAUAUGCAAAGCAAUGCCAGCUUUACAUGCGCCGUACGUACAGAACGUGAAUUGUCGGUUUGAUGCUUUUAUCUGCUUCCUCCUGUGAUUGUGUUUGUUUUAUGUCGCUUGAAGUUAUUGACGGAGGUCUGGUGCCAAACGUUGAUAGACCAUCAUGUAUGAUCUGACGAUUUUAUAUUUUGUAUAAACAGAAAAUAUGGUGAAUUUUUGGAUCUUUUAAAUGCUGUUGUCAAAAUGUAAAAGCAUGUUUACAAUAUUUUAAGGUGAAUCUCACAAGAGCUGUCAAGAAACAGUUAGGUCAUAAUUUACUCAAAUAAAAUCUAAAUAUCGUAAUUUUGUGCAUUAUCACAUUGUCCUUAACGAUCAAGCACAUUUCCCCUGUAUUUCUACAUUAUGACGUACUGCCUGAACUUUAGUAUUUCUUUACUGUAAUAUAUUGUAUUGUUUUAUAAAAUUACUAUAUAAUGUUGUAUAAAUAAUAUAUUACAAUGAUCAGAAUAACAAAACAUGAAAAUGGUGGGUGCUUAAUUUACAUUAAAAAAAAGCCACGUGAAUUUACUUAAUACGAAAUACAACAUUUACUAUUAUUUCAGAUUUACUGUUUGUGCACACUGCCAGUGACUUUGUCGCUGGGUUUGCUAGUCUCUUUUAAUGAGGACGCUAGGAGGCGUUCCUAAUUCUGGUUGUCCUAGUAACAACUAUAGUUAUAAAUAUGUUUGCCGAAAGAUGGAUGACGUGAACACCACUGCUUCACUCUCAUUGGUUGUCGCUCCUGAAAGUCGCUCAUCAUUUGCAUAAAGUUAAACUUUACUAGUUGGACACGCCCACUCCCUGUCGCCAAGCUUCCAUUAAAUUGCUAGUCGCUUGCGGUGUGCACGCAUCUUUAUGGAUUCUUGUUUUGUGAGAUUCAUCUAUGAAGUUCCUUCCACAGUUUUUUUGUUCUUUAUUUACUGCCUUGAUGUUUUCAUGUUUGACAUUCCUGUAUCUGCACUUGUAAACAUGUCUUCAGUGAAUAUUUAUAUAACGUACAUGAAGACUUUCUGCUAUCAUCCAAACAUGAUGCAUAUAGUCAAUGUAAAACUUUCCAUAGUCACGUAAAUGCGAGAGUGUUUCACAUACAGUACAAGGUCUCAGGAUAAGCGUUUCUCAGCGUAAAUGCAUUGUUUGUACAAUGUAGGUUUGUCAGGAAUUGCAAAUUGAAUUGAUAAUUUGCACAACAAACAUUGACGGUGUCUUCAGUAUUGAAAACCAAUGCACUCCUUAACUUACAGCGUUGACUGUCAAUUGCCUUUAAUUUUUUAUACUAUUGACAGACUGUUGAAACUUUGUGUAGCAAAUCAAUGUUUGCCUGCUGAAUUUUGUAAGUUUUAUAAGCAGGAACCAGCACAGGAUCGCACCAGCAGGAUCGUUCUCAUUUAUCAUAUGCUCUACCAAAACAUUUAUUGCCAAUUUCAUUGUAUUGUGUGACAUAGGAUUUUAAAUUGUUCAUUGCAAAAGGUUCAUUAUUGCUGUCUUGAUGUGUUCAUAAAGCAGUUUAACUUGAA